AGCUUGGUUUUUUUUUUAUUUGCACCCCAGUGCCAGUGGCGCCCCCCCUGUGAGAAUGAGUCGGGCCACCGCUUGCUUGUGAAGAAGGAGACCUUGCGGAGAGUGAGAUGAGACACAGGUUGCUGCCUGCGAGGGAAUGUAAAUCAGAAGCAGAACCGUAGCCACUGGCUAAACCGGCCAGGUCGAGGCGAUUUGUAAGCAAAAACAGCCCUGCAGUGGAUGUCCCAGAGAAUCGUGGCAACAACCACUACGAUUAGGCAGUACAGAGAUCCAAUUGAUAGCGCGGCGGAGUAAGUAGUCCUGUGUGGCAGGUUUAGCGCGUCUCCAACUCUUCUAAACGAGAUAUGGAUGUGAUUAGAUAAGAUCGCGCGCAAACAACUUUUUUUAUACUCUAAAUUAAUCAACUACGGCAAAAUCAUGCCCGGUGCUGCGUCAGCGUCAGCCAGAGCGGAUGGCAAAUCCUGCAGCUACGAACCAAGAAAAAACACUCCUAUUCGUUUGCGACAGUAACUAAUGUAUAAUAAAAUGUAUAUUUUCAAUUUGCUCUUGCUCGGUCUCGUUCUUGAUGCGGCUACUGUGUGUGGUGAUUAUGGAUGCAAAAUCGUGAUCAGUGGUUUUGGUAUUGUUAGGCAUAUUCUACUCAACUUCGGGCUCCUGUAGAUAGUGACGCUAGUCUUCAUGCUGCAAACCGAGAGUGUUUUUGUAUUUCAUAGACACGAGGCAACCACGAAUAAACCUGGGGAGAAACGGGUUCUGCUGGGAGGAAGUAGCAGUGAAGAGGCUUCGGACGCUCAAAUGCAGAAUCUGUAUGCGUUGCAAAAGUAUCGGAGGCACAACUAGUUAGACAUUUAUAAACUGAAACUUUUUGAAUUCGAAAGAAGAAACGCUCGCUGAACAAGUUGUCAUGUUGGUUCGGGCCAGAUAUCAAAUUAGGAAACGGAAAGCAGUUCUGUCAUGAUGAACAUGAUGCAUGAGCCCUGCAACUCAUAGGAGUGCCGCACGAUUCCGAUACUUUUGCACACAAUAUCGUUCUGCGCAACCAGGAGGAACUCGACCAAGCCGGACGGGACUACAUGAGCGGGAAAAUAAAAACGACAAGAUUUUUGCAAAUCGAGGAAAAAGCCACGAAAAACAAGGAAGACUUUCUGCGGAAACUAUCCUGACUAACAACGUCUUCACCCCAUGAAUCUUUGUCUCGCAAAUCUGCAUGCCCAACAAGUUUGAUGUGUUGAGGAGGUCGCCAAAACUGCAGCUACGCUAAAGAGGCUGCCUGUCUCGAUUCUGCAUGGGGGGAGGACGUUCUUACCCAGGAUACGAAACUGCUUCAAACAACAGUAACAACAACAGUGCGAAACCUCCUCUGCUCUCCCAAUCCGAAAUCUACACGAAAAAAGCGGAAUCAGACACGGAGAAGAACAAGAAGCAAGGAGUCGAAAAACGGGUGAAAUUUCUCCUCAGCAGCGAAAACGAGAUAUCGACUUCAAACUUGGCUGGCUCUGGAAAGGUGUCACAACUUGGCAUACUAGAUAGAAAGACAUGACGUGUCUUGCGUAAAUAGUAGUACGGUUUGCACAGGCACAGAUGUUCCAUAUUUAGUGUCUUCAGAAGUUGUUGUGAUGCUUCACGUGGAGCUACAGUUACACGCAAGUCAAAUUGUCACUCACACACUAGCAUUGCCAUGAUCUCGAUCACCGCUUUGCAGAGCCAGACAAUUUUACAAUUUAUAUGAAACUAUCCUCCUGUGAAAAAGCAUCACACUCCAAAUCAAAUCAAUUGCGACAAGCAGGGGGGACCACAAGUUCCUUAUAUGAGGUUUUGAUCGUGCGCAGCACAUCGAGUUUUUCAAUUUGGACUUUUUCAUGCUAUUUUAUUCACUUCUGACUGUGAGUGGGAGUGCGAUGCUAUGUAUUGCAAUGCAUAGGAACCACCGUCGAUAAAACCUACGCGAACAUGUCCAUUGCUCAUAUGCAUUGCAAAUAUGUUGGGGUGCGAAAACUUUUAAUGCUGAUUCGUGAUGAAUGAAUUAAGAAUCCAACUGCAAUUAUGCACGGGCAGACUUCGCAUGAUCCGCAAGAUUUUCUGUAAUUGGUUCUGUCUUGCGUAUUCGGCAUGACAAGUGGCGUUCUUGCGUGACAGAUACGAGGCGCUAUUUUUUGACCAGGCAUCACAGAAGUCAGAGUCGUACCAGACAAGCAUGACAAAUCUAGUAUUGCAGUUCGCAGUUUGGAUCUUAUGUGCCCGGCGGAGCUUCUUCAGGCGCCCUUGGGUAUCGCAUGACUUCGAUUGCGGCGCCCUUGGGUAUCGUAUGCGUACGCACGACAUCUCAUGCUGCACAUGCAUUACAAGUUAUCGAAGCCCAAACACAUUUGCAUUUGAUAGCAGAUGCUGCGGGAAAGCUGAAGACCGAGAAAGUGUUGCAGUACAGUGCCGCACACUUUAAAAAAUCAAAGAAGUGCGGAGGAAAGAACGCGGCAGCGCAGGUGGCGGAAAAACUGCUGAAGCAGGGUCUAGAGGAAGACUGGAGAGGGACGGAAGGGAAGGGGAAUUGUUUAUUUCUUGGUAUAGUUUAAAUUCAUUUCUUAUUUUUGUGCAAAAAAACUCACGUCGUGCUGUUGCCUCAAAUGAUAUUGACGGUUGCUCUCGAUUCACACGCGGCGCGUUUUUCUUCAACGUGCAGAAAUAGAUGCCGCACUGUGCUGCACUUUGUUGCCGUCCGCGCAGCGUUGCAGCCACCGAUUGGGGAGCAAGGGGCAACAAGACCGCUACUAAAACUCUCCUUCGACAGCAGUUCCUCAUCUACACACACUACAACAGCUAUCCCAUGCAAAGGAAUCGCGGUCGUGCCUUGUAGUUACAAGACUGCCCGCCCCUGCAUACUACCACCAAUAGCUCUGAUCAAUCUUGUAGCACGACCAUGACAAGCAUGAGCUGCAAACUUUCCGUGGACAACAUUGACAACUCGACUUGAUGGCGCAGUCUUGUUUUACGCUACUGCCUGCGCAGUGCCUUUGCAAUGCAUAACAGCUACGGCAAGACAACUCUGGCCAACCGCCUCCGCCGCCGAGAUUAAUUACCAAGUGAAAACGUGUCAGGGUCCGGAAGUGUGUGCCUGGUAGUGCAUGUUCAUCCUGCCUGUGGAAUCUUCUAUAUUGCAUGACCGGCAAAACCGCAGCGCGUUUUGUCACGUUGCCGAGACACCAUUGGUAGGGACAUACGCGCCUGCCCUUGCGCGCUCCCGGUCCCGCUCUGCGGUCGAAACCGUUCUACUCGAAACUUGUAAUGCUUGGCUUCAAUCACAACUCUACUCGUGAGAGCCUGAUUGUAUCAUCCGCCAUUUACAAUGGGAAGCUUUUGGUGCUCAUGCAAUACAAUUUUUUACCUAUUCCAGAAUCCGCAUGACAAGUUUCACUUCUUCCAGACCCAGACAUAUUUGCAAUCCAUGUCGAGGACCUCGCUGCGAAACUCCGGUGGGUGUGCUGGUAUCCAGACGACAACGCGGGCCCGCUCAACGUUUGGACAGGAUAGGAACUAUCCCAGCAUGUUGUGAUGAGACAUGAAGAUAUCUAAGAGAAAAUAUCGUGCAGUAGAUGUCGAUGAACAAGUUCAACUCUAUAUAAUUUCGGAUGAGCGUAGUUAUCACAAGGCUGAAGGUUCGCACGACCGAAUCCGAAAGCCUUUCUUUCAUCAGGACACGUCUCACGAAGAAAUCAAGGGCGGGACGUGCUGGUUGACGAUGAAAAACAUCCGGCACAUUCAAUGUUUUGCAUCACACAUUUGCACGACUACACCGCGUCUUUUUUUGUAUGGAUAUAGACGGCCAGCUGCCAGCAGUUGGAAUUGUUGAGCGGACCCGCGUUCUUUUGUGGAUAAGCGGAAAAUGCUGUGCCUCAACCCGAAAUACUGUAUGAGGGGAAACAUUUGCAUCGGCAUCCAGCCAGUGGUAUGAAAUGCAAAAGUAUCGUACUCGUAUAAAUGCAUUAUAGAUACAAAUGAUUUCCUCAGCAUGAGAAAUAAAAUCUGUAAUGCGGAUUUACCCGAAGAAAAAGAUUUGUAAAUACGAGUGCGAUACUUUUGCACAGGAUAAGCGGCACAGACUUCCACAUGUCGGGGGGCGCGAUCGUAGCAAGCCCCAUGACCAAAGAGAAAAAUUACGGUCAGAAGAGGUAAGUACCUAACGCGAGCGAACCUCUAGGAAGACCAGCUUUGUCAUCAAUAUUUGUUUAUCAUGCAUUGCAAAUAUGUCUGGGUCUGGACGAAAGAUGGAAUUUGUGAUGCUGCCUUUGGAUUCUGAAAAAAGACUGUGUUGUAUGGACAGCGAGGACUGUCCACUUUUUGCUACGCAGAAAGGGCGUUUCUCAUGCGGGACAGGCAUCAGGAAUCCCUCGCAAAACCUGUGAUGCUCGGGCAUUCAUCGCAGACGCCAUAGAUCAUGCAAAAUGUGCAUGACAAACUCCCCCACUAAUCCCGACCCAGACAUCUUUGCAUUUCAUGUUUGUUGGUGGUUGGUUAUGAAAUCACAAUCAGCAGUGACCACGACGUCGGGCCGAUGCGACUUCUCCCUUCCAUACGAGACAGCGACGCUAUCGUCAAUGCGGCAAUUAUAUGCAUUGCAAAUAAAACUGGGUCUGGAAGAACGUCGAGAUUGUCAUGAUAAAUCUAAUGCAUUAUGAAUCAGAUUUAUUUAUCAUGACUUCUUUUUCUUUUGCAUUACAAAAAUCUGUGUUGCAUCGUUCUUGCCAGAAGCUGUUCAUGGUCGACCAAGAAGUUGAGAGUGAGUUUCUCAUGCAGGACAGACAUGGUAGAGAAGGUCUCUGAGACCUCACAGAAUCUUCUAUAGACCUCACAGAAUCUGUCAUGCCAGGUCCUGCAUUCCAGACCUCAUGGGGAUGGGUCAUGGAAAACCUGCAUGACAAGUAGCGCAAUCUUCCAGGCCCAGACACGUUUGCGUUUCAUAAGGGGGGGGCGGAAAAGUCCUCGAAGACUAUCCAAGGGCAGAAAAGUAA